ACAAUAUCAGAUUUUGAUUAUCCUUCCAAUCUACCCCUCACCACUUGUCACCAAACCAAAUCAAAUUAUAUCUCUUCACUCAUUUCUACACUCUUAGUUAGGUUCUAGUUCUACCCUCCACACGUGUCAACCAGUUUUGGAACCAGGUCAUCACCGACUACAGGUCCAAAGCUGUCAACUCCCAACCAAAUUUUGACACGUUUUGAACUCACGUUAAAGGAAUUGUCAACUCUUUUAAGAGUAAGAGAGAGAGCCAAGUCACUCAACCAUCCUUUUAAAAAUCUCAACUUUAUACCACUUCUUGCCUCUCUUGUAUAUAUAUAUAUAUAUAUAUAUAAACGGUAAACCCUCUGUAAUAACAAACUUAAUAGACCAACAAACCUCUCUUCUUCAUUUUCAGCACACCAAAUGGACUGGACUCGAGGUCACGCCAUAGGCCAUGGCUCCACAGCCACCGUCUCCCUGGCUACUACCAUCCCGUCAGGUGAUGUCUUUGCCGUCAAGUCCACACAGAUUUCCCAAUCCGAAUUCUUACAAAGGGAGCAAAAAAUUCUUUCUUCUUUAAAUUCUCCCCAUAUAGUUAGCUACAAGGGUUGUGAUAUUACUAGUGAGAACAGCAAGUUGAUUUACAAUCUUCUUAUGGAGUAUGCACCUGGCGGCUCGCUUACCGACGCUAUUCACCGACACGGUGGCAGGCUAGACGAGUCUAUGAUCGCGUGCUACGCACGUCAAAUAUUACAAGGUCUGGAGUAUCUACAUUCUAAUGGGCUGGUACAUUGUGACAUUAAGGGUAGAAAUAUUAUGAUUGGCAAAGAUGGCGCCAAAAUUGCAGAUUUCGGAUGUGCCAAGUGGGAUUCAGAGGAGAGGCAGAGUGGUGGCACGCCGAUGUUUAUGGCACCUGAGGUGGCGCGUGGGGAACACCAGGGGUUUUCUAGUGACAUAUGGGCAGUUGGGUGCACUGUUAUUGAAAUGGCCAGUGGUGGUGCACCCUGGCCGGACGCCACUGACCCAGUAACGGUUCUUUACAGGAUUGCUUACUCUUGUGAAUUACCAGAGUUUCCAGAUGUUCUAUCAAAUCAAGCAAAGGAUUUCUUGUCAAAGUGUUUAAGAAGAGAUCCAAAAGAGAGAUGGACAGCUACUCAACUUCUUAAGCAUCCAUUUCUUGGAGAAUUCAGUUCUUCUACAAAGCAAAUUCAAGAAUCAAAUUCUCCCACAAGUAUUCUCGAUCAAGGUAUCUGGAACUCAGUGGAAGAAAGUUUGGGAAAUCUGAUCCAUUCAAGUUCCCAGGAGGACUCCGUUAGUGAGAGAAUCAGAGGGUUGACGUGUUCCUCGGGGCCCAGUUGGGACUGGGAUGGGAGUUGGAUGACAAUUAGAGGGAACAACAAUGAGGAAAGCAAUGCAAUUAUGGAUGACAUUGAAGGCAAAGAUGAUAUGAUUUGUGGGUCAGUAGUGGAUUCGUUUAGUGGUAGCUUGGAGGAGCAAGAAAGAUAUGUUAAUAAUAAUAGUGCGAAUUUGUUGGAUUUCUUAAACAACAAUAUUAGUAAUUCUUGUACAUAUAAAAAGGACUCUGUUGUAAUUAGCAGUAACCUCAAUUUUCAGAGGGACAAAGAUAGGCUGUUACUUCCUUCAAUCACAAGUUCUUGCUAUUUAUUAUCAUAAAUUUACCUCUUGUC